AUGGCCACAUUCUUCUCCACUUCCACGAAUCAGAGGGACCUCGCCGGAGGCGGCGGCGACAUGUCGUUCCACCACUACACGUACUCGGAUUCACCAGCCGGCGGCCUCAUGCCUUUCCCCGCCACCAUCGUGUCGGAAGGCCACGUUGCGCAUGGCCAUGGCGGUGACGACGGCAGGGACGAGCCGGCCGCGUUCGUGAACGUGAGGGACGGGCCGACGAGCGGCGCCGAGAUGGGCCUGCAGACGCAGCUGCUCAUGGCGAACGCUUCGUCGUCGGUGCAGCACCAGGGGCUGUCGCUUAGUCUUGGCACUCAGGGAGUCCCGGUGUCUCUUUACCAGUACCGGCAGGCGCAGGCAGGCAUGGCCGCCGCCUCCUCCUUGCUGAGCCCGAACCAGGCGUCGACGACGGCGAGCAGGAACGCGCAGAGUAUCUACAUCCAGAACUCCAGGUACCUCAAGGCCGCGAGGGAGCUGCUGGACGAGGUGGUCAAUGUCCGGGACGCGAUCAAGCGGAAGGGGGACAAGAACCAGCAUGGCAAGGAUUCCGGCGGCGAGGGCAAGGACGCCGAGACAAGCGACGACAAGGCCGACGAGCACGAGGGGAACUCCUCCGCGGCGGAGCUGACGCCGUCGGAGAGGCAAGACCUCCAGAACAAAGUGUCGGCACUGAUGGCGCUGCUGGAUCAGGUGGACCGCAAGUACAGGCACUACCACCACCAGAUGCAGAUCGUGAUGUCGUCCUUCGACGCGGUGGCCGGCGCCGGCGCGGCGAGGCCGUACACGGCGCUGGCGCUGCAGACCAUCUCCCGGCACUUCCGGUCGCUGCGUGACGCCGUCGGCGCGCAGGUGCAGUCGCUGCGGCGGAGCCUGGGCGAGAAAGACACCUCGGCGCAGGGCGGCGGGCUGUCCCGGCUGCGCUACAUCGACCAGCAGCUGCGGCAGCAGCGCGCCAUGCAGCAGUUCGGCAUGAUGCAGCAGCCGCAGCACGCCUGGCGCCCGCAGCGCGGCCUCCCGGAGUCCGCCGUCUCCGUGCUCCGCGCCUGGCUCUUCGAGCAUUUCCUCCACCCGUACCCGAAAGAUUCCGAGAAGCUGAUGCUCGCUAGGCAGACAGGCUUGUCUAGGGGUCAGGUGUCCAACUGGUUCAUCAACGCGCGCGUUCGUCUGUGGAAGCCGAUGAUCGAGGAGAUGUACAAGGAGGAAUUCGGGGCGGAGAUGGACUCGCACUCGUCGUCGGAGAACACGGCGGGCAACAAGGGCAAGGCGGACGAGGCGAUAUCCUCGGAGUACCACGAGGAGUUCCAGAGCCCGUCGAGCGCCGCAAACCCAAAGCACGGCGCCACAGCAGGCCACCACCUCAGCGCGUUCAAAUCGGAGGCGAUCGGUGGCAUGGACGCCGCCGGCGUCGGCGUCGGCGUCGGCCUAUCCAGCCUCGACGGCGCCAUCGGCUCGUACGCUACCAGCCUCAACCUCGGCGCUGUCGGCAACGGCAGCGGCGGCCUGCAGGAGGCCUUCGCGCACCACCACGGCGGCGGCGACGCGAGGUUCGUGCAGGCGUACGGCGACAUGGCCGGCCUCGGCGGCUACGACGGCGGCAGCGUGUCGCUGACGCUGGGCCUGAAGCACUGCAACGACGCCGGCGCCGUGCCCGCCGAGCAGCAGGGCCUCCUGUACGGCAACGCCGGCGACUUCGAGUUCAUCAACGGCUCCGCCGAGGACAGGCAGCGCUUCGGCUCGUCGCAGCUGCUGCACGAUUUUGUCGCGUGA